GUGCGUGCCGCCGUUUUAGUCCUUUUUACGAAAUAGAAGGAGGAUGGUCGCCGCCAAGAAAAUCGGCAUUGUCUGUCUGGUGACACGCGUCUGCCUGACGAGUGCCAUACUGGUGGCCAAGGCAUCCUUGGAUCCGACGAACGUACCGCGUUUGAGGCACAGUUAUCUGCCAGUUGUGAGCUCACCACUUCCAAAACAUCCGAAUCAUCAAUACGACGAUCGUGCGAUCGGCAGCGAUCUGGAGAAGAUAGCGUCCUCCAAAGAACCACAGGCGGAGCGUCCAAUGGGACUUCAAACCGCCUCGACUUUGAAUAAUCGCAGGCAGAAAUCGCAAACGGAUCCUCAGAGGUUCCCUACGGAAAUUCGUCAGGACGACGUUUGGCUUUUGACGAAAAUACCAAACGCGUCUCCGUCACCGUUGACGACGACGACGACGACGACGACUACGACGUCGCCGACGUCGACGACGUUAUCAAAACCUCGAGAUACUCGGGAAUAUCAUCGCCAUGUACCUCAACGAUUCGCGUAUCAGGACGUUGAAGUACACGACGGAUAUCUAACGCACGAGCUGGAUGACAAUAAACUGCCGUAUCGCGGAAAAGUUGAGACAGCAGCGUUUUACCGUCGAGAUCCGCAAGACAUAACGGCGGCGAUCAAGGCCCUCGAUCGCUUCCUGAGUCGUACUUUAAACGACGAUGGCUACAAUAGCAAGGUACAUCCGCCGCCCAAUCCCGUUCUGGCCCUCGUCUUGUCCCGGUACGGGCGUUACGUGCCCGGACCGCGAAACCCUCGCGUAUACGCGUAUUUGGCGGCGAACAAUAUCCACAACCAUCAACCCUUUGGCAAGUACAAAUACGAAUUCGACGAGGAGCCGAUUUACGUGACGGGGGGAUAGUGCAUGUAUAACAAAUAUUAACUUACGUUUGAUA